CCACCUUGCAACGUUCGGUAACAAUUCUUGUGGAACGUUUUUGAAUUAUUUAUUCGGUCCAACUUAUUUGGGAACAACUGAUUAAGACAAUGUACUAACAGCCGAUCAUAAAAUGCACCAGAAUGCGCAGAAAAACUAUUCAUACAUAUCAAAGCUAUUUUGUAUUACUUUUCAGCUUACAAAUUAGAAUAAACUUUAAAUAGUACAACAAAUUUAGCAAAAUGAAUCGGAUUUAUUUUUUCAUUCUUAUUCAUGUUUCGUUCAAUUCCGCAUUGGCUGGAUUUUAUUCAACUGCUUACCCGCUGUAUCAAAUAAAACUUACGGAGCUUGAGGACGAAAUAAGUUACUUUGGAUUUUCUGCAAACGAUACUCGAUUAUGGCAAUUUCCUAUCUUACCAAGCAAACAUUUCGUGGCCGUGAUACACGUGAAAUCAUUGGGAAUGUCGUACGAUGGACCAAAUGGAAAAGAAUGCAGCGCGAGAUUGUAUUUACCAGACAGAGUAACGUGUCAACAUGAACCACCGUUCUGUCAUAUCUACGCCACACCAGAAUUAUCUUGCAAUUUGAAAUUCAUCAACAAGGAAUUAUUUAACCACUUCAGUCAUUGUGAUGGGAAGAUCAAUUUCGUGAACGUUGAGGAACUUCCAAAAAGAAUUGCUGUGACCUCUUACAAGGAUGAACCAAAAUCGUUCACAAUGAAAUAUAAAUUCAUUCAAUGUUCUUAUCCUGAGCCAGAAAGCACGACACCAUUGCCAUCAGACGAACCUACUACUUCGGGCAACGCAAACCCAGAAAACCAAAAAAGUUCUAGAUUUCUUGGAUCAUUACAUGAUAUUCAUGUGUUGAUAAUCUUCGUGGCACUGGGAGCAAUAUUGUUCAUCUGCAUCAUAGUCAUAAUCGCAAUGUCAAUAAAAAACUACAGAAGUGGAUCGGAUAACGAGAUCAGAAAGACUAGAACUUCACUAUCGGAAAGUGCAGGGAAAUAUACACCAAAACAAACAGACAUAAAUCAGGGAAGACAAAAAAUUAACGGACAUCGACAACCACCUCCAACAUACGAAACCGUUGAUGAUGAUUUCAAUCUUCCGGGACCAGUUCCUGACCGCAAUAGAAUGGUGGAAAAUGUAUUGUAUGAUACAAUCAAGCGAGAUGAGCAAUCACUGAAAAUGUGAAUGUUUUCGAAAUAACAAAAUCGGCGAUUAAGCAGAAGACGCUGCUAAACGCCAUUACGUAAGCUUCAUAAGGAGUAACCUCAAAAGAGGCGAGAAAAUGAUUGAACAUGCGCUGUUUGUUCCGCAAUGGUCAAUUCCUGCAAGGUGGUAAAACUCCGUGGAAAAGAAUACCUUUUUAACACGAAUCUUGUUGUAUCCACGAAAACAGAAACUCACGUUGUGCAGAGAAAUAAAAUAUAAAUGUAAGCAAUCAAUCGCCAAAUAUGAACAAACGAUUAAGUCACGUGAUUGAUGACGUUCUAAGAGAUCAUUGCACACUGUAAAUUGUCGUUUUACAUAUUGCUUGAAGACAAGUAUGCCUCAUUUUGAUAGAUCACGUCUAUACAUGUAUUUAACCCUUGAAAGUGCUUUGUAUAGUAUCGAAACUGCGUGUCUAUAAAUGUUCAUGGACAGCGAUUUCGAGACAUAAUAAAGAAGGAGCAACAAAUUUAGUUGUAUUCCCACACGGGCGAACUCAGUUAAACGCUCAUUGAAGUGUUUAAAACAAACUCUUGGCUAACGGCGUGAGGAAAUCAAUUAUUGUUAAUUAUACAAAACCCGCCAGUUCGAGAAUAGUAAUCAAGACUAGUUUGGCCUUGCAACCCAAUGUCUUGAUUUUCAUCGUGAUUCAGCUAAUUUGCCAAUAUAGCUAGAUUAAUUACUAAAGCAGUCCAGUAUGAUAUAAUUAUUCAUCAAAAUUUCUUCGAACUUCCGUUGCGUUAUUAAUUACUAACUGAGUUGAACUAUUUAUAAUAUAUAGAAUAUGCAAAUGUAUCAUUGAGCUGUAUAAAUAUAAUGCAUAGAUUAAAGGGUCUACGAAAUUUCUGCAAUCGGACGUUUAUAUUUGACAGCGUAUAAUAUACAACUAAAUUUCUAAACUCGGCAUUACCACUAAGUAAGCGAAUUGAUAAAUACUUGUCCAGAUCUAUUUUCAGGGCGAAGAAUGGACCAAAUCAAUAAACAGUAAAAAUCAACUAUCACGUCAGUUCUUCUUAUAUUCUAUUCUUGGUAAAUAACGGAUGUAAAUUCUAGAAAACGGCUACAGGGUCUAGGUUACCUAGAAAAGAUUCUAACCAUUAUCAAAACUAAAGGCAGUAAGUAAUAGGUUAUUUUUUAUUUACUUCUCCUCACCAUGAGAUAGCGUUUUUUCAUUUGUAAACAGAGUUAGCCUAUCUUUUGCGCAGGCGCUAAUAGUUUCAUUUUUUUUUCCAUGAACUUGCAAUAUAUGUUAAUAUUUUUAUUGUAUUUAACAAAUUUGAAACAAUAUACUUCUGUUUUCUUGUUGUA